AUGGAUAUAUCUGUUGAGCAAAUACUUAGAUAUAUGAUAUUUUUUUUCAAGUUUAUCUGGGAUAAAGUAAUUUCAACAUUAUUCCAUAAAAAACGUGAAUAUAAAAAAGUUUUUAAAUUAGAGCAUGAUGCCCAAAGACAUUCAAAUCAAAAUUCAAAUGGAAAUAAUGAACAAAAUCUUAUAAAAAAGCCAGUGUCAGAAUGGGAAUCUGAUGAAGUAUGUAAAUGGUUAAAAAAAAAUAAUGUACUUAAAGCUCUUAUUCCAAUAUUUAGAAAUAUCAAUAUUGAUGGUUCAAUACUAUUACAAAUCGAUGGUAAAAAGGAACAACUUGAAAAUUAUGGUAUCAAUACUUUUGGUCUUAAAAAAAAUUUCAAAUACGAAAUGAACAGAGCUUUGGGAAAAAAAAAUCCAAUCACAGAGAAAUUAAAAUAUGAGGAAAUUUUAAAUUUAACAAUAGGCCAAGUUUCAAAUUUGUUAGGACUAUGUAACCUAUCAACAUUAAAAGAAAUAAUUGAAAAAAACCAUGUCAAUGGUAUAGCAUUAUUACAUUAUGAAGAUAAAGAUUUUGAAGAUUUAAAAAUACCAGUGGCACAAAAAUAUAUUUUAUAUCCAUUAAUUGGAUCAUAUUAUAAAAAAACAACAAUUAAAAAUAAGUUGUUGUUCAACUACAUAAAAAUAAAAUCUAAAUUUUCAUGGGAAGAAGAUAUCAUGAAUGAUAGCUAG